CCCUCUCCCGCCCUCCCCCUUUUUCGUGCCUGGAGGUUGCGGGUCAGCGAGAGCCACUGCAGUGAGUCCGUCACGGCUCCGGCGUGAGCUUGAGCGCGAAGCUACAGCCCGGGAGCCGCCUGGCCCUCGCCUCCAUCUCCCGCGCCUCUCCGCCUCGACCCCUGCUCGCCGCUUCUCCUCCCGCUCUUUCGGUUCCUGAAUCUCGACCUUAAUUUUUCUUCUCCCCCGCCCGCUCCCGCGUGCCCAGUCACCCCGUCGGCGCGGGCCCCGCGGCGCCGCCUCCCCUCCCCCAGCCCGCACCCCCUCCCCCGCGGGUGUCCCGAGGGCCGCAGCCGCCCCAGCCGAGUGCAGCUGGGCCGCCACCGCCGCCGCUUCCUGCGGGAGCCCGUCUGAGCGCCGACACUCUCCUCCGUCCGAGCCAGCCGCCGCCCGCCCGCCAGCAAAAUGGGAAAUGAGGCAAGUUAUCCUUUGGAGAUGUGCUCACACUUUGAUGCUGAUGAAAUUAAAAGGCUAGGAAAGAGAUUUAAGAAGCUUGAUUUGGACAAUUCUGGUUCUUUGAGUGUGGAAGAGUUCAUGUCUCUGCCGGAGUUACAACAGAAUCCUUUAGUACAGCGAGUAAUAGAUAUAUUCGACACAGAUGGGAAUGGAGAAGUAGACUUUAAAGAAUUCAUUGAGGGAGUCUCUCAGUUCAGUGUCAAAGGUGAUAAGGAGCAGAAGUUGAGGUUUGCUUUCCGUAUCUAUGACAUGGAUAAAGAUGGCUAUAUUUCCAAUGGGGAACUCUUCCAGGUGCUGAAGAUGAUGGUGGGGAACAAUCUAAAAGAUACGCAGUUACAGCAAAUUGUAGACAAAACCAUAAUAAAUGCAGAUAAGGAUGGAGAUGGAAGAAUAUCCUUUGAAGAAUUCUGUGCUGUGGUACUGCUACAGGUGUUUGCUAUCCCUUCACCAUUGCCAAAGAUCACCGUGGAUUGGCCUCUGAUUGAGUAGAACAUGAAAUGAGGUUGUAGGUGGCCUAGAUAUCCACAAAAAGAUGGUGGUAGAUGUGUGACUCUUUUUUAAAGAGUACCACCCAACACUUUUGCUUUCUUCUCCAUCUCUGAAGAUCUGCUCAAGACGUCCAGCAAUGCUCUCUGUGUAUUUAAAUGGAAGUAUUUUUCUCUGUGAAGCCACAUUUUCCAACAUGAGCCUCAUGAAGCCAACUAAGUGUUAUUGAACUCUUAUUCUCUCAAUAACUCCGUGUAGCACUUUAAAGUCUGAAGGACAGCAACAUGAAAAGAGCAUAUCAAUGUGGUGAAGAAAGGGAAGGGGUUGGCUUUUUAAUUUAUUUUUCUUCAUCUUUUAUAACAAAGUAUCUAUAUAUACAUAUGUAAAUAUUUAUAUAUAGAUAUAUGUAGCUUUCUAUAUGUGUAGUAGGUUGGCUUUAAUUUAAUAUACUUGAUUCAGAAACAAAAUGAUAGAGUACAAAAGUGCCAAGCAGAACAUAAAACAUCCUUACUUUUAUUUCACACAGUUUUUUAUAUAGGUAGAAGAUUGUACAAUUUGAGCCGGGUGUUAGGCCAGCUACUUUCUUUCCUGUGCUUUCUCCUUUGAGAGAUUGACAAAGCAUUUGUUAACGUCCUAUUAUUUACCUUAAGUACAUUUUUGUAACAAAGGAGUUUGUAACUUUAUUUAUACCUAUGAAUAUAUUUCCAGGGACUAUGUCUCAUUGCUGAGCAGCUUUUAUUACAUCUUUGCUUGAGGAGAAAGUAUAGUCAGUGCUACUGCCAAGAGCUCGUUCUUGUGUUCAUAUAGUGCCUGCACAAAGCUUGUGGCUGCUUCAUUCUGUUACUUCAUAACUGGGAGCCAUUACAUUUAUUAAAUGUCCCUAAGUACAUGUAAGUUUCAGUUGUGAUUUCAUACAUAAAGGCCAGAAGCUAUGUGAGGCAAUCAUAAUUUAUCUUUGACAUUACUUAAUGAAGAGUACCUGAAGUAAUCACUAACUGCAUAUCCAUUUGUUUUAUUACGUGGGUAAAUAACUUGUAAUUAAACCUAAGUUUGAACUGCAAACUUCCCCUCUGUGUUUCAAAAGACUUGCAGCUAAUUUGAAACUUGGGUGAUAUUUAAAUUGCAUGUAUGUAUCUAAACACCCAACAUAUAUUUGUGACUUAAAUGGGAGAAAUCUUACUCAUGUGUAUGCCACAGAAGAGAAAGUUUUUAUCCAAAUUUAUACCUCUUAAAUUUCUUUACCAUAAGGCAUAAAGAGUGCAUGAAAAUUUUCUUCCUUGAUUUGCUCAUAUUUGUAAUGGGUAACUUAAUAAAUUUGUGUGAUAUAAAAGUAGUA